UAACUCGCGGGUUCGUCUGAGCUGGGGUCGUUCCCAGAACAACUCCGGACCUGCCGGUAGCCCGUACCGUCCGGCCCCCCCUCCUCCCCCCAUGUACCCCUCAAUGGGUAUGCCCCCUGCCCAUCAGUAUGGUGGCUUCGCACCCAUGAAGUGAGAGCGUUCCUUUUGUUGUUGAAAGCACUAGCAGGAGUUUUGCGUCAUUUCAAUGAUGGGUCUUGUGUCAUACUAAGCUUUGCUUUUCGUCUCCUCCGAAGACUCUCUCUAUAGCUCUGGAUGGGCAUUUUCUCCUGUGCUACGCAUUUCCUUCCGUGUGAGCGCUUUCAGUUUAGCAAGAUAUGGGCUCCUAUUCUAACUGAUCUUUUAUCUUUUCCCUAUUCCAAAUUCCCCCUCCCCAUUUGCCCCUUCCCCCUUCAUUUUCCUUUGUUCUUAACUUCUCUUUUCUAUGCCUUUUCCCUUUCUAUGUUGUCGGCCCUUGAUCUUUUUCUUCUUCUACACGCUGCGUAUAAUGGUGAACAAGUCUAUUUAUGCGCUGUUUUUACUUCUUCUCUUCUACACCUUGGGCAGGCAAUCUGCAAAAAGUUUCAUCUUUUCAUCCCCAUUUUCAUGAAGCAGCCAAGUUGAGUCAUGUUCCAUCCGAGGAUGCUACGUCAUGCUUUUUGCUAGACUU